AAUUAUUUGACAGGAAAUACUUGAAAGUGCUAUUUGUGUGGAAAAUAACACUUGGAUUUGUGUGUUUAUUUAUCAUUCUUCUGUUUGUCAUCUCCGAAAGGUAGCUUUUGCUUGAUCUCCUGAGGAGUGCAGAUCGUAGAAAAGAAAGCUGAAUCUGGAGAUCAUGAAGCUGGAGGUUCCGAACACAUUUGAAGAUGUUGCUGUUGAGUUUUCAGGAGAGGAGUGGAAGAUGCUGAGUGAACAGGAGAAAGACCUACACAGGGAGGUGAUGGUGCAGAACUAUGAGAACAUGAUAUCAGUAGGAUAUAACAUCCCGUUGCAGAGCUUGUGGUUACUGCUUGGCAGAGCUGAGGAUGUACCAUCCAUUGAUAAAGAAAGAGCCGAGCUGUUGCAGAAAGAGAAGCUUCCUGAUGGCACUAUGACCAGUAAGUAGUUAGUCAGAUAAUAA